AUGGCUGAAGGAACUCGCAUCAAUCAGUUGCAGGAAAGUCUGAGUGGGCUGAAGAAGUCUACUGAGUCACAGCUGCAAACAUUGGAAACAGAGGUAUUAGCUUUGAAACGACAAUCAGAUGCUGUGGUGCACCAGUUAGCAGCAUUAACAGUUGAAAUACAGAAGAAAAAUGCAGAAAAUCCUAAUAGAGAGGAGUCCUCAUCGGGGAUGAAUCGCAACAGGCAGGAAGGAUUUGGAGAGGUGAAUGGGGAGAUAGUAGCCAGAUCUGUCAGAAUCAGUUUUCCUUCUUUUCAAGGAGAGGAUCCUCUGGGGUGGCUCUAUAAGGUAAACCAAUUUUUCUUAUUCUAUAAUACACCUCCUCACCACAAAGUACGGCUAGCUUCCUUUCACAUGGAAGGAAAAGCUAUGGUAUGGUUUCAGGAGAUUGAGAGUACUGGAACUUUCAUUGAUUGGGAGGGUUUUGUAAGGGUUUUUUUGGCUAGAUUUGGUCCAAACUCAUAUGAUGACCCUAUGGAGACCUUAACUAGACUAAGACAAACCGGUUCAGUGGAGGAGUAUAAGGUGGAGUUUGAGGCAAUUUCCAACAGACUACGUAGGCUGUCAGAUUCUCACAAACUUAGUUGUUUUCUAAGUGGCCUAAAGGAUGAAAUUAGGUUUCAAGUGAGAAUGUUCAAUCCUCCAGAUCUGUUAGCUGCUUUUAGUUUGGCUAAGUUACAAGAGGAGCAUUUGAAGUCUAGCAAAAAAGGGGUAAAAAACUUCCUUACUACCAACACAGAAUCUGGUAUCCAUAGAGGGCAGGGAAAUUACCAAGGAAUAGGUGGAGGUAAGGCAAUAGUUCCAGUGCAGAAAAUAAAUGCUGGACAAAUGAAAGAAAGAAGGGACAAGGGCCUAUGUUACUAUUGUGAUUCCAAGUGGAAUCCUGGCCACAAAUGCAAAAACCCCAAACUAUUUUUAAUAGAAGAAGUGGAGGAAGAGGAAGGGGGGAUGUUUGAAAGUAGGCCCCAAAUGGUAAUGGUGCAAGAAGGUGAGGAAGAAAUGGUGAGAGUGGAAGAGCCCUUAAAACCAGAGAUAUCCCUGCAUGCAUUGAUAGGGUCCAGUAACCCGCGAACCAUGAGGGUUAUGGGCAGAGUGAAUGGACAGGGAAUAGUGAUUCUAAUAGACUCGGGAAGUACCCACAAUUUCUUAGACAGUGGGGUGGCCAGAAGGGUGAAACUACCUAUAUGUGCAGACAAAAAGGUUAAAGUGAGAGUGGCCAAUGGUGACCAAGUGGUCAGUGAAGGGUUGGGCAAAAAUGUUAAAGUGUUGGUCCAGGGAAAUGCAUUCACUAUUGAUUUAUUUGUAAUGGAGCUAGUGGGGUGCCAUAUGGUGUUGGGUAUACAAUGGUUGCAAUCCUUGGGAACAAUAACUUGGAAUUUUAAGAAACUUACCAUGAGAUUUCUGGGGCAAGGGCAGGAAGUGAUGCUUCAAGGGCUGAUUUCCUCUCAGUUUAUUGAAGAAGGAUCCUAUAACAAAAUCAGCAAUUUAGAAAAAAAAGGGGUGAUACUGCAGAUGAUUAACCAGGAAGAUAAGGAGGAAGAACAGAACAUGUCACAAAAUAUGAGGGCAGUUCUGGAACAGUUUAGUGAUGUGUUCCAGGAACCCAAGGGUUUACCACCCAUUAGAACUCAUGAUCAUGCAAUCAACUUGCUGCCUGGUGCUAAACCUGUGUCUGUCAGACCAUACAGGUAUCCUUUUUUCCAAAAGGAUGAGAUUGAAAAGAUAGUCAAGGAGUUACUUGGGACAGGGGUCAUAAAGCCUAGUCACAGCUCUUAUUCUUCACCAGUCCUUUUGGUGAGAAAAGCUGAUGGCUGA